AUGAGGAGGGCCAUCCGUGCCGGCGAGAGGCUAUCCUCUCCCUGGCUACACCAAUCGCAACCCGGAGCAUCAUACAGUCGUCUCCAUCUCUCCACCACCACGCGACACCAGACGCUCGAUCCCACCGGGCGCACCAGAUCGCUGUCCUCACUGAGGACAUUUCAUUCUCAGCCAUUGUCCUCCACUCGUCAUCAACGCAGGCGCGAGUCACAUCCUAAUGACACCGUUCGUGAGUUCAAUACCAAUAACAACCACCUUGGCGCCAGGGUGGUCUCCACACGCGAGGCCAUCGAGCAAGAGGGACCGGACGAGGCCUCCCUUUCUGAAGCGGAAGAGAUUUUCCCCUCCUGGGAGACCCCCGAACAAGAGCACGAAUAUGCCGAGAAAUUCAAUCGUGUCAUUCAAAAUGGCCAGCCCGAUCAAGUGAUGAAAGCCAUGACCGACCCACGGUCGGCGGGGCUGGUUGGGUCUCUACCCCAGACUGUUUUCCUCGAGGCGCUCCACCUUCUGUCCCCGACCCAUUUUGUGGAGCCCUUCCGCGACCUCCACCACCCUUUACACACCUGGGCCGUGCUCGUCAAUGGGCUCCGGCGCAUCGAGGAAGUUUUCGAUACUUUUGUCAAUAAUUUGUUUACCGUCAUCCGCUAUCGGACCGCCAGCGGGCAGUACUUGCAAUUGGCGGAAUACACCCACCUCCUGAAUUGCGCUCGGGCCAUGGGCAAUGGCAACCUCGCGGAUCAGGUAUGGGACACCAUGACGAAGAUGGAUGUGGUCCCCGACACGGUGUGCUAUAACCACUACAUGGAAGCGAAAGUCUGGGAUCGUUGCUAUACUGGACGAGAAGCGUAUCGCAUGCGCAUCAGUCCGAAAAGUUACCGGAAGCGGCGCAGUGACGAGCCAGCCCUAGGAUGGCAGGGCUUUGGGACUGCACAGAGGAGUAUUCGGAAGCUUGUCCUCCGUAUCUAUGGCCAGAUGCAAGACGAGGGUCACCUUGGUGAUGAGCGCACGUUCAUCAACUUGAUGCUCGCUGCAGCGCAUGUGGGCCAUGACCGGGCGAUGAAACACAUUUUGAAGGAAGUUUGGAAUGUGGAUACGGAAGCUCUGAAGCUGGAAUCCGACGACUCGAAGUUGCCACCAGUGACAGCCUAUGACCCGUGGUCCGCGCUCUAUCCGACUGAGAAUCUGCUUUUCGCUGUGGCUCACGGUCUUGGGGUGAACAAUGACAUUGCCGGCGCGGUUCGAACAGUGCAGUUCAUCUCAUCAUCGUACAACAUCCCCAUUACCGCAAAAGUCUGGCAUGAGCUGUUCGAACGAGCUUACGUACUAUCCCGUCACCGAUGGUCGGCCUCGGAAACAGAGAGAUCUGAGAAACACACCGAAUGGGCAAAUACCAUCGGCCGAGUCUCCGUUGACGUUGUGCGAUCAAUCUUCGACACCAUGACCUCCGAACCCUACAACGUGACUCCAACGCUACAAGAGUGGCGAUUCAUGAUCAACACCAGCAUUGACAGUGGUCGACUGGAGGACUGCAAAGACUACAUCCGUGGCGCAUACAAUCUUCUCGAGGAAACUCGAAACAGAGAGGCCGAAGCUCACAUGGUCGUGAUGCGCUGUCUCGCGCCAGCCCUCGAAGCCGCGCGUCGACAACUGAGGCAAGGUGCGGCCAUGCCAGACCCAGAGUUAUUCCGCUCCCCCAUUCUCGCUGAAGCCAUUCAAAACUACGAGAUUGUCCGACUCGAGGUCUGGCAACAGGUUUACCUUCUCCAGCGGAUAUUGUACCUCGUCGUACGUGUGCCUAGCUGGAGAGACAUCUCCGACAAAGAAUGGCACCUCCAAGAACGACCCAAAAUGCUAGAAGAAUGGGUAGAUUUCAUCCCCGGCAAGAUCCAGCUCUUCUACGGCGAAGACACGGGUCUAAUCGAGAUGAUGGGCGCCAAGGGUUUCAGCAGUCGCUCCUACAAAAUCGACGUUCGAUAUGUCCCCACGCGCCGACAAUCCGACCAGAAAGAGCUGUUUGACCCUGGACGCUGGCCCCGCUGGACCGAGCAAGGCAAAUGGGACGAUCUUGCCGUGCGACAUCCCUACCUGGACCGAACCGCGGCACCGCUGGAUCGGUUAUUCAUGUUCCAAUUGUCCGCGUCAGGGGAGUUCACCGAGACUUUGAAGAAAAUGCGUAAUACUUGGACUGAGUAUCCGGAUGACCAUGAAUUGUCGACGAAGAAGAACCCGCAUGCGGGUCUCUAUGGACGCCUGGCGGCCUUGGAUAUGCUCAAGCCGGGGAACAGCAACAGCGUUUUCUUGCUGGAUGAGCAAUCUUGGAUUUAG